AUGGUAAGCUUUAUUGAUGACACUGGCUACUCAUUAAUCAACUGGGAUAAUAUGAUUGGAGCUCAUAGUGGAAGUGAUAGUGAUACAAGCGAGCAAGGUUGGGUUCAUUGGUACUGUAGCCUUAGGGAGCAUUAUUUCUUUCUGGUUAUUCCCAAUGAAUAUACAAGGGAUGCAUUUAAUUUAUAUGGAAUACGUCAAUACUUUCCAAAGAACUAUGAGCAACUACUCGAAUUAAUAUUAUCCUCAAAUACACCUGAUGAUGAGGAGUUGGCUAAUCCUUCGAUUCAGGAUUUACAUCGUGAAGCUGGGGAAUUAUAUGGGUUAAUUCAUGCUAGAUAUAUUACAACUCCUAGGGGUUUACACUUAAUGAAACAUAAAUAUGACAAAGGAUGUUUUGGAAAGUGCCCAAGAGUUUUAUGUAAUGGUUGUAAAGCACUUCCAGUAGGUCUUACAAAUGAACUAAGAAGUAGGAGAGUACGUAUAUACUGCCCAAAUUGCCAAGAAGCUUAUGAUCCAAGGAAUAUCAGUUUGGUUGAUAUAGAUGGUGCUUUUUUUGGAGUUUCAUUUCCUCAUAUUUUUUUACAAACGUAUCCUGAAGUUGUUCCAAAAAAGUGUCCUGAACCAUUUUAUCCUAGAAUAUUUGGAUUUAGAAUUUGGGACAGAUCAAGUAUAAUUGAGAGAAAAGGUAUUUGUGGAGAAUUUGGAAGAAGAGCAAAACGUGAACUUUUGAAAGCGAGGCCAAUAUCAAGAAAUUUGAGAAAUAAAUCUAGAAAAGAUGCAAAAGAUACAAAAGAUGCAAAAGAUACAAAAGAUGCAAAAGAUACAAAAGAUGCAAAAGAUACAAAAGAUACAAAAGAUGCGGGUGAUACACAUACUACUAUAAAUACGAAGUCUUUACAACAAAUGAAUUCUGAAACUUCAAAUAUAAAUGAUGAAUUAGAUAUUCAUCCAACUAUGUCAUUGAAUUCUAGCUCUACAAGUUUGAAUAAAGUUGAUACUAAAAAUACAAAAAUUUCAAGCGCAGCAAAUACACGUUUGUAUGGUUUUGAUUUGACAGGUUCAGAUAUUAUUCCGCAAAUUUAA